AUGGACUUCGAGGACUGGUUACAGCAAACGGAGAUGGAGCAAGAUGAACAUCAGCGACAAAUGGAGAUGGAGCUAGACGAUCUGGAGGACUUCACCCUCCUGACGAUGUCCAUGGGGGGUCCCCAGGGGACCUCGACGCCGGUGAACUUCACAGUCAAUGGGCAUUCAUACAACAUGGGAUAUUACCUGGCAGAUGGAAUCUACCCAGACUGGCCCGCAUUUGUCAAGACGGUCCGUCAGCCGAUGGAGAUGAAGACUCGCCUCUUCGCCGCAAAACAGGAGGGUGCUCGGAAGGAUAUUGAGAGAGCAUUUGGUGUGCUUCAGGCCUGGUGGGCAGUGAUUCGUGGGCCGGCCUAUCCAUGGGACAGGGAGGAUGUUCUGGUUGACCACGCCGACUUCCUCAAGGAACUCCAGUGA